AUGGACAGUGCCGAUCUAGAGAGAAGUUAUUCCCGGGAACAGCAAGGCUUAGGACCGGAGCACGAGGCUAUCACAUCGCCGGUCGCUCUUGUCCGGAGUUUUACGUCGAAGAGUCAGAAAAGCUCAAGAAGUUGGCAGAGCUCGAGGAAUCACACCGGCGUAGAAAGUUCGCGUGCUGCGCGACUGAGGGAACUUGGAAAAGAUGUCGACGAUUCUUCCCAUGCCGAAAAGGAAGACGCAAUUGAGAAAGUUGCUUCGCGAACACCAUCAACGCUUAGUUCGCCCGGAAGAUCAAAUGCUUCUUCGGUAAUGUCGAGCGUUCACGAUAGCCAUGCGAGUGGCCGAUGUGUUAUUCGCUUUGAAGACGGAGAUCCCGAAAACCCCAACAACUGGGGUCGCUGGAAGAAGAUCUACGCCCUUUUCGUGGCCAUCAUGAGCGGCAAUACCAUGACCUCGAGCCUAGCAGCCGGUGCUGCAGUCCCUAUAUCUCUUCACUUCAACGAGUACGAUGAGUAUAAACUCAUUUUACCGACUUCAAUGUACCUUGUCGGCUAUGCAUGCGGUCCUAUGCUCUGGGGCCCACUGUCGGAAUCGUACGGCCGCAAGGGAACCAUGGUGAUUUCUUUCGGCAUUUUCACAAUCUUUUCGGUCGCUUCAGCUCUUGCACCGAACUUUGCAGCGCUAGUAAUCUUCAGAUUGCUGGUUGGCGUGGGAGGUAGCUGUGCCAUCAGUGUUGUUGGUGGUAUAUGCGCAGACAUAUAUCACAACCCCAAGUAUCGUGGUAGGAGUAUGGCUAUCUUCAUGGCUGCGACAACCUUUGGCCCGAUCCUAGGCCCCUUGGUAUCAGGCUACAUUGCAGCUGUCUCUUGGAGCUGGGCCUUCUGGGUUGGAGCUAUAUUCGCCGGCGCAACAUGGCCGUUGUUCUACUUCUUUGAUGAGACAUAUGGUCCAACAAUCUUGAAGCGUCGGGCUCAUCGGUUACGCAUAGAGACUGGGGAUGAAAGGAUCGCGGCACCCCUGGAAUUAGAGAAGACAGAUUUGAACCACAUCGUCACUGUCAUCUUGACUAGACCAUUGCGCAUGAUCUGCUUCGAGCCUCUGGUAUUGUUCACUUGCUUGUACCUGAGUUAUGCCUAUGCCAUUUUCUACAUAUUUUUACAGUCCUAUCCCAUCAUAUUCCAAGGCAUCUAUCACUUUAAUGCUGGAGAGACCGGCAUUGCAUUUCUCCCCAUUGGCGUCGGUGCAGUCAUCUCUGCUGGUAUCUAUCUUUCUUGGGACUGGUACCUGGCACGCUCUCAACGUCUUAACCGGCCUUGGUCACAGGAUGAAGAGAUGCGUCGUCUACCUCUAGCAUGUAUAGCAGGCCCAUUUUUCGUCAUCAGUGCGUUUUGGCUUGGCUGGACAAGUAGAGAAGGCAUACACUGGAUCGUGCCCAUUCUCGCGGGCAUCUUGUUUGGCAUGGGUUACCUGUGUCUAUUCAUGGCGCUACUCAAUUACCUCGUUGACGCAUACGAAAUUUUUGCUGCAAGUGCAAUGGCUGCCGCCUCACUAUCCCGGUCUUCUUUCGGUGCUGUGCUGCCGUUCGCUGCAAAGCCAAUGUAUGGGGCUAUGGGUGUGGCGUGGGCGACGAGUCUACUAGGCUUCUUUAGUCUGGCGCUUUGUAUUGUGCCAUUUGUGUUUAUAAAGUGGGGUGGUGUCAUGAGGGAUCGAAGCAAAUUCUGUCAGUAUUUGAGGCAGAAGAAGAUGGAAGAGGAGAAAGACAAGGAGAGCGAAAGAGCGAAGGAGAAAGAGCGAGCGAGAUUGAGGGCGAAUGAAGUCAGCGCUGAGACAAACGAGAUUCAGGCGAAGGAAGAUGUUCGAUCGGACGAGAACGUCCAUAUCGGUAGAGUGGAGCACAUGAGGCAUAAAGCAUUUGUGUCCAAGGUUGUUGGGCUGGGCUCUCACACUGACCUUCGGUGCUUUAUUCUGCUGUGGCAGGACUUGACUGGCGGCCUACAAGUGCUGACUCGAAGAGGACAGUGGAUUGGGGCGACACAAAUUCCUGGCACAAUUGUGGUCAAUAUCGGAUACUUCCUUCAGCGCGUAGGCAAUGGUCCAUCUGUGAGCACCGUGCAUAGAGUGUUUUCGAGAGCUCAAGAAGAUCGCAUCAGUAUGCCUUUCAUCUUUGGCCUCGAUGUCAACGAAAAGGUUGGUGUAUUAGACGGUUGCAUCGCGGAGCGUGAGGUAGCAAAGUAUGAGCCCAUGAGCUGUGGAGAGACCGGAUCCAAUUAG